AUGGCGGCUCAGGCCAAACCCGAUUCCAGUUAUGCGUCCAAUCGCAUGACGAGGAGGAAUGCUCCCCGCAAGCAUCUUUUGUCUAAUUUCAAUAAACCUGAGCCUGAAGAGGCCAAAAUUGACGUCGCGACAAUACAAAAGGAGGCUGUUCAAAAUGGUGUCGAGACAAAGCCGGAGAUUGAUACAGACGCCGAGCCUUUAAGCUCCGAUGAGGAGGAUGCAAAAGGCUCCAAACCAGACGAUGCUCAGCAUAGCAUUAGUAAAAUACCGGUGAUUGAUACAGACGCCGAACCUUUGAGCUUCGACGAAGAGGAAGUCGAAGAGACCAUGCCAGACAUCGCUCAACCUAGCAUCGAGAACAAGCUAGAGAUUGAUUCAGACACCGAAUCUCUCAGCUCCGCACCUCUCAGCUCUACUGAAGAGGAAGUGGAAGACCCUAAAUUAAGCGCCGCUCAGCCUAGCAUCAAGGAAUUGCCAGAUAUCGACACCGAUGCCGAUCCUCUAAGCUCUGAUGAAGAACAAGCUAGCGAUAGUGAUACUUCUCUGCCUCGUAAAGAGGUGAACUAUGCAACUAAGACUUUGGAGAUGAAGCUUGCGGAAGAAAACAAUAGGGCAUACAGCAGUCCACAAAGUCAUAAUGCAUACUCUCGCAAAGGUGGUCUUGCCCGAACCCUCAGCGCUAUGACAGACUCCGAUGAAGAUGGCCCAUUGUUCUCCUCUGGUUCCACGCAGAACAAGCGGCGAAAGGCAACGCAAUAUGUGUCCAAGGCCAAAUAUUUCAACCGGCCACCUUUUGCCCCACGAUCGACCGAGAAAGAGAAAGAGCCAUUUCCAGUCGAAGAAGCCCCCAAAGAGUCUGAAGAGCCUGAGGAGACCUUUAUAAUGCCGAAGGACAUCGAAAAUUCGAGUUUCAGAGAAACUCGUCGCGGUGAAGACUCGAACUCCAGUUUCUCGCACGGCCCAUACACAAUCGAAGAAUACGAAGCAAUGUUGCUUGACGAUGAUUCGCCUCUCUCGUCCCCCUCUUCUUCUACUUGCGAGCAAAUGCAAACGUCGCAGACCGAUGAACUCGCACCGAAAGAGAAGCGCCAACCAUCACCACCCGUCUGCCCGAUGUGCCACAAGGAAGUAGACUGGGCUUCGCUAGAACUGUUCAAAGCACAACCGAAGCAACGUAUUCGCGAGCAGAUGAUUUUCUGUGAAUCACACAAACUCCGCAGUGCGAUGGACUCGUGGCGUGAGCGAGGGUACCCUAAAAUUGACUGGAAUGGGUUUGAAGAGCGUGUUCAGAGCUAUUUCCCCGAACUUGAAAAACUACUUGUCCCUGGCGCUUCCUCUUAUUACCGAAACAUAUUUAGUACCUCUACCUCUUUCGCACCAGGGAAAGCGAGAAACUUCCGUGUGAGAGCGGGUGAUGCCGAGAGGCUUGAGACGAUGACAUGUGGUUAUUAUGGUACCAUGGGUGCAACCAGGAUACUAGAAACAAUCAUUCGUCGCUUUUCUGUGGUUGUACGUCGUUUGGCGACAACAGAUGAACUCAUCAAGACGGCAGGCGUGGCUGGCUACACACAAUCUGUUCUUGUGCCUGAGCUGGCUGUCCUCAUGGUCAAGGAUGACAUGAAAGUCAACGACGAAGAUGCCCGUCGGAUUAUGAGGGAGAGUAUGGAGAUUGGUAACAGAGUCAAUCCAGACCUCAAUGUUGUCCCGGUACAGGAUGACGUCGAAGAAUGA